AUGACUCGGGGCAGCCAGAGGGAGCGCGACCGCGAGCGCGCCGCGGCGCGGAAGCCCAACUCCAAGAACGGCGGCGACGGCCUCACCCCGGAGCAGCGCCGCGAGAGGGACAAGAAGGCGCUGGAGGAGAAGAACGCCAAGAAGGCGGCGCAGGCCUCCGGGAGCACCUCCACGGACGCCAAGGGCAAGGACGCCAAGAAGUAG